ACGCCUUCAUCGCCACCGAUUGGACAGAGUAAAACCUCAUUGUUUGUCGACAGCGGAAAAUGUUGGCUUAUGUGUCGUGCUAAUAUUUAUUCUUUACGUUAAGGUGAAGAUUUUGUGACGUUUAGACCCAUAAUUAAAGGCGGAAUCAACUGAGGUGUUGUCAUGGAAGUGCCUUGCUACCUGCCCAAACUGCUCUUUGAGCUCAAUGAGCAGCGUAAGCGUGAUUUCUUCUGUGACUGUAGCAUCCUCGUUGAGGGACGUGUCUUCAAGGCUCAUCGUAAUGUGCUCUUUGCUGGAAGUGGCUACUUCCGGGCUCUUCUGGUUCACUAUCUGCAGGAUAGUGGUCAACGCCACAGCACAGCAUCGCUGGACAUUGUAACAGCUGAUGCUUUCUCAAUUAUCCUGGACUUCCUCUACUCUGGCUGCUUGGCUCUAAAUAGAAGCAAUGUCAUCGAGGUGAUGUCAGCAGCCAGCUACCUGCAGAUGACUGAUCUUGUCAACUUCUGUAAAGGGUAUAUAUGCUCAUCUUUGGAAAUAUGCCACAAGGAGGAGAGAAACACAGAGGAGGUGGACCAGGCGCAGGAUGGAGGGAUUGGUCCUGCAGACAGUGGUACUCCUGCUGCAACGGUCUCCAAUGGUGCAGGUGCUGCAGAGCCUCAUUCACAGGUUGCAGAGGCAGACAGGGGGUCAUGUUUAGGUCCAGAGUCUCUGACUUCAGCUAGAACGCCCUUGUCUGUCUCUAUCACCACCCCUCCAGGCACCAGCAGGGACAUGGACAGUGAUUACCAUUCCGGGGGGCAGUUUGCAUCUGGGAGUGAAGGACAGAAGGGACACAUAGAUCAGACAAACUUAUCCUCCUCAUCAUCCUCUGCUUUGACCCCAGAGUUAGUGAACCCUAAAAUAGAAUAUGACCCUGAUGAGGAAAUUAUGGAGUCCCCUGAAACCAAAGACAUAGCCUCAUAUCCUGGGCCCUCUCUGCAUAAUCCUCAUCAUAGCAGGCUACUUCCCUCAAGUGCUUCUCCUGCCAAUGAGCGUUCCCCACUGGGAUACAACCCUUCCUUUAAUGCCAGGCAGUUGAUGGAGAUACUGGCCAGAGGUGAAGGCCCCAGUCUUCUGGGGGACAGAGUGGGGCAGCGCUUUACCCACGGAUUAGGUAGCAGUACAGCAGGAGGCAGAAUGGAUGAAGGUUUAGGUUUUGUUGGAUCAUCUAUCAUGGAGAUCCAGUCUGACUGGCUUGGAGAAGAUGCAGGUGAUGGCUUGGUAGUGCCAGUGAAACUCCACAAGUGCCCGUUCUGCCCAUACACUGCCAAGCAGAAGGGCAUCAUGAAGAGGCACAUCCGUUGCCACACAGGAGAGAGGCCCUUCCCCUGUCCCAUGUGUGGUAAGAGGUUCACAAGACAGGAGCACCUUCGCAGCCAUACGCUCAGUGUCCACAGGCACUACUGGCCAGUGUCUUGUAAAAGCUGCAGACGAAGCUUCACUGGAUCCAGUGUUUCACCAGGACUCAGACGCUUUGGCAUCUGCGAAAGCUGCAACUGUGUGACCACUACUCAUGAUGAUUCUGCCCCUGUUCAUCCCGCCAGUCAACCAGAAUCCAUGGAACAUGCAGAUGGUGGUACAGAUUGGUCCAGUUUUAUGGACGAUGUAGAUGAGGUGGAGGUGGGCAGAGUGGAGGACUUGGUGGAGAAACAGAUGCUUGAAAGGCAGCUGGUUGUCUGCACUGAUGUAGCUCACACACUUCGAGUAGCCCAUUGAAGGAAACUACUCCUGUUCAACUGUUCUGCUGUUCACUUUUCAAAUGUGGCCAUACUGAUGUUAAAUUAUUACUGUAAGAUGACUGUAUUUAUUGACAGAUUUCAAACGUCAAAUUAUUAGUCCUUAUUGUGCUCGUUAUUUUGGUCUUUCAUUUCCUGUACAUGCCUUUGCACUGUUGAUUACAUCCAAAUCUGUCUGUAGCUGCUAUACAUGAUUGUCAAAACUGUAGUUUUCUGGAUUUUUUUGGAACUCUGUUACAGUUUAUGCCAGUUAACAGAUAAAAAGAAUUUUGUGGGUAUUGUUUCAAUAAAUGUGUAACUGUUGGUGUGUUCAAGAGCAUAACUCAAAAAUGUAAUGAAUGGAUUUUGAUGAAAUUUUUUGGACAGGUAGGAUAUGUCCUUGAUCUCAUGUUUGUGUAUUCAUGUUCUUUUUACAGUCAGAUGUGUUAAUCUCUCGCUUGACUUGGAUUUCCAUCAGGUGAUCAACCUGCAGUAUUGAUGAAAAAAGUGCCCUUUGAUACCCUCUAGUGAUGGAGAAAGACAAGAAUAAACAUAAUUUUGUGGCAGUUUCAAA